AGUGCGCGAGAGCGGCGCCGUUUGAUGGGUCGCGGCGGACCAGCGCGCCGGACACGCCAUGUUGGAGUCGCUUAAAGCCAAGCUCAAGAAGGAGCUGAACAUCAGCAAGCGGUCGUCGCGGUCGGGCCAGCGUCGCUCCGUCAUCGUCACAUCGUCACCGACGCUGCCGCGGUGCCACUCGCCCAUGCCAGGCAGCCCCGUGGACAGCCCCAAGAACAUGUCGCCCAAUCAGCAUUUCGCGUUUGCCGCCGUCAAGAGGACGGUGGACGGUCGAAGGUGGUCGGUGGCGUCGCUACCCUCCUCCGGCUACGACACUCCGGGCAGUUCCAACGUCUCGUCGCAGUGCUCGUCCCAGGAGCGGCUGCACCAGCUGCAGUGCUGCGGUCCGCCGGCCGCCGCCGCCGCCGAGCUGCCGCGCCACUUCUCCUCCAACGAGUCCAACCCCAGCCUGGACGAGGAGGGGCGCUGCUCGCCGCUGGUGCGGCCGCGCUCGCGCUCGCUCAGUUCUCCCAUGAGAACGCCGCCUGAUGGAGGACCGGCUACAGAAGCUGCUGGAGGAGGCAGGAGACCCUCGGACGCCGUGCCGGACGAUACGUCGCCGUCAGCCGUGGCUAUCGUGCGCUUCGUGCGUCACCAGGUGAUGGAGAUGGUUCGUGAUUGUCUCAGCAAGUCCCGGGAACGCUGCAUCACUAGCCGAUAUUUCUACGAGCUGUCAGAAAACCUGGAGAAGCUUCUCAACGAGACGCGCGAGAAGUCGGCGGAGGCGGCGCAUCAGAUGAUGUUUCUGGUGCGACGCCUGCUGCUGAUCAUCUCGCGGCCGGCGCGGCUGCUGGAGUGUCUCGAGUUCGACCCGGAGGAGUUCUAUCACCUGCUGGAGCGGGCUGAGGGCCAGGCGCGCUCGUGCCAGGGCAUCACCACCGACAUCCCCCAGUACAUCGUCAGCAAGCUCGGCCUCAAGCGCGACCCGCUGGCAGAGCUCACCCAGGACCUAGUACAAAUGGAGGCGGCCGCCACGCCGCCGCCGCAAAUGUCCACGCCCAAGAAGUCGGAGGCGGACCCCAAGUGUGGCCCGGGCCGGGGUCAGAAGGUGCCCUGCGAGGAUGACUACGACCGCGUCAAGCUGAUCUCGAACGGUGCGUACGGCGCUGUCUACCUGGUGCGGCAGAAGGACACGCGGCAGUGCUUCGCGCUCAAGCGCAUCAGCAAGCAGAAUGUGGUGUUGCGCAACCAGAUGGAGCAGGUGUUCGCAGAGCGCGACAUCAUGAGCUUCACCGACAACCCCUUCGUGGUCAGCAUGUACUGCAGCUUCGAGACCAAGAAACACAUGUGUAUGGUGAUGGAGUACGUGGAGGGCGGCGACUGCGCGAGCCUGCUGAAAAACAUCGGUAUCCUGCCGGCGGACAUGGCGCGGCUCUAUUUCGCCGAGACGGUGCUGGCCGUGGAGUACCUGCACAGCUUCGGCAUUGUGCACCGCGACCUCAAGCCCGACAACCUACUCAUCACCUCCAUGGGUCACAUCAAGCUGACCGACUUUGGCCUCAGCAAGAUGGGCCUGAUGUCGCUCGCCACCAACCUCUACGAGGGCUACAUUGACAAGGAGACCAGGCAGUUCUCCGAUAAGCAGGUGUUCGGCACGCCCGAGUACAUCGCGCCCGAGGUGAUCCUGCGCCAGGGCUACGGCAAGCCCGUCGACUGGUGGAGCAUGGGCAUCAUCCUGUACGAGUUCCUGGUCGGCUGCGUCCCCUUUUUCGGCGACACGCCCGAGGAGCUGUUCGCGCACACUGUCAACGAUGAUAUCGAGUGGCCUAGUGAUGAAGAUUUCCAAGUUUUACCAGAAGCCAAGGACUUGAUCACGCUGCUUCUGCACCAGAAUCCGCUGGAGCGGCUCGGUACUGGUGGUGCUCAGGAGGUCAAGGAUCAUACAUUUUUCCUAAAUCUUGACUGGACAAACCUGUUGAGACAGAAGGUGGAGUUUGUUCCUCAGUUGGAGAAUGACGAGGACACGAGCUAUUUCGACACUCGUGCCGACCGGUACAACCACGACCUGGAGGACGACACCGACGACACCGAGGAGUCGCUCACCUUCUCCGCCUUCUCCUCCUGCUCGCCCCGCUUCAAGAAGUCGCAGGGCAGGCUGGACCUCCGCAAGUCGAUGUCGCAGGGCGACUCGGGCCAGUCCGACCAGAGCGAGUCUUCGGCGGCCGGCAGCGUCGAGGCGGCUGACUCGAGCCGACAUCUGACGCGUAUCCAGCACGUCAGCAGCCUGCCCGACGUGCCGCUGCGGCUGUCCGGCUCCGGCUCGGGCUCCUGCGCUACGCGCGGCUCGCUCUCGACGCCCGACAGCUCGCAGACGGAGAGCGAGGACGUGUCGCCGCAGGUGCAGCGGCGCCGCCGCCACCGCGAGCCGCGCCCGCUCCGGCCGUCGGUCUCAGUCGACGCCGAGCUCGGGUCGGGUGGCGCCGAUCACAUCCGCGAGCUGUCCCCGGUCGAGGAGUCGGAGAAGUCGCCGCCGCGCAACUCGCCGACGGUGGAGGUGGCCGGACCGCGCUCGCCGGCGGCGGCGCCACCGCCGAUCAUCCGCACGCCGGGCGGCGCGCCGCCGCUGCCGGCGGGAGCGCGACCCAAGGCGUCCUCGCCCAUGAACCGCGUCAUCAAGUCGGCCUCGGCGUCCGGCCUCAAUCUGAUGAUCCCGCCCGACGACGCGUCGCCCCAGCCGAUCCAGUCGCCGGGCGGUUCGUCGACGGCCUCCUCGCGCGACGCGUCGCCCUGCCGCGAGCUCUCGCCGCUGCUCAACAACCUGAAGCCGCCGGUGAUCCUGCGGCGCGGCGCGCGCGGCUUCGGCUUCACCAUCCGCGCCAUCCGCGUCUACCUGGGCGACUCGGACUACUACACCGUCCACCACCUGGUCAUGACGGUGGACGCCGGCAGCCCGGCGUUCGACGCCGGCCUGCGUCCGGGAGAUCUGAUCACGCACAUCAACGACGAGCCGGUGCAGGGCCUGUUCCACACGCAGGUGCUACAGCUACUGCUGUCGGGCGGCGACCGGGUGACGCUGCGCGCCACGCCGCUCGAUCAGACGUCCAUCUCGAGCGGCGGCCGGCGGCGCGCGCCCGGCGUCGGCAAGCUGGCGCGCCGCGCCGCCGGCCGCCGCAAGCGCAAGGAGUCGACCGUCGACAAGCGCCGCAAGGCGUCGCUGCUGCGCAAGCUGAGCAGCAAGCGGGCCAGUGCCGAGAUCCAACAGAUGACGGCCAACUCGCCAAUGCUGACGCCCAGCCGCAGCUUCUCGUCACUGAACCGGUCCGUGUCGUGCGAGCCCGGCUCGGCGCGCGCCGCCGCCCACAAACUCAGCCAGUCAGACUCGUCCAAUUCGUCGUCGCCGUCGUCCUCGGUGCCCAACUCGCCGGCGGCGGCGGCCGUGGCGGCAGCCCAGUUCCAGCCGCGCCCCUCCUCCCUUCACGGGCUCAAGCACAAGCUGCACGCGGCCACCAAGUCGGCGCACGCGGCCAGCCGCCGCAAGUCGGUCGGCCACAUACCGUUGAGCCCGCUGGCGCGCACGCCGUCGCCCAGCCCGCUGCCCGUGUCGCCGACGCGCUCACCCAGCCCGCUGGCCUUCCCCACCGCGCACGCGCCGGCCCCGCCCACCAGCGCCGUGCAGUCGUACAGCCCGGGCGCGGCCAGCCUGGCGCCGACGGCCGCCGCCAAGGCGUACAUGCGGCCCAAGUCGGCCGAGCCGGGCAGCCCGCUGUUGCGGCGCGCGCUCUCGCCGGACCGGCUGCACCGCUCGGACGGGCGGCCGUCCAUCUCGCCGCUCGUCUCGUCGCCGCCGCCGCGCGUCACCCGCUCGGCGCACGAGAAGCGCAGCGCGUUCCGCAACACGGUCUCGGGCAAGGACGAGGAUGCGGCCGAGCCGUAG